CAGUUGUAACACAGUGAGCGAAGGAUUAGGACGCAUUCAAGAUGAACAUGUUUCAAAGAGCGUUGAUCGUCGUGCUCUCCGUGCUGGUGUUCGCGUUUUCCGUCGCGGCGCAGAUCGAAAUUGGCCGGGGACCCAACUCACUACCAGGUUUCAGGAGCAGACUUGGACACAGGCUGAAUCAACUGAGGGUGGCGGCCGGGCGCGAACCCGGGAUCUUACAAUUACAAAGCCAGCGCUCUGCCAUUGAUCUACAUCACCUCCCUCAUUUUUAUAAAUAUGGGAGACUUGGUCUUUUGAGGCCUCACCAUGACGACCGUUUCUGGCACGACUUUGACAUCCAUGGUUUCACUAGAUACGGAUAAGAACCGGUCGUGAGAAACAAGGCUUUUGAAUCCGGACACCCAGACCUCAGAAAUUUCCUAAAAAAAAAGACCGUUUUAGAGUCUUAAAGUCAAAAGGAUUAAAUAUACCGAGGAUGGAAUGGAUUGACAAUACUGUAAUAAAAUCUCAUGUGAUGAAUUCUGUUCAGGAAUGUUUAUGUUACGAAAGACCUGAGUAUGUGAAGUGAACAAAUGGUUAUUUUGUAGUAUAUUGGUGUAUUAACAUUUCAGUUUUUUUUUUUUUUACUGUGAGAGCUCCCAUUCUUAUAAGUCUAUUAGGAGAAUUUAGUAUUCUAUACCCUACAUAUAUCAAGUUUCAGUUUACACACUUUAUUUAGAAAAAUCAAUUAGAAAAUAGAUACGGCUUUUGCCAAAAAGCUGAAAUCUGUUCUAUCUUUUGCUCAUUAAUCAAAAUUUGCUCCCGUUUCUUUAUUUUCUCCUGUUCAUAGUAUGUUCUUUUUUUCUUUUUUUCUUUUUUUUUAUGAUUAAAUAUAUUAGAGGAGAUCCUUUCAAGGAAAUGUUAAUAUUGUGAUUGCUAUAUGUGAUAUUAUCAUAUGUUUGUUAUUUAUAUUUGCGUGUGGAUUUUGCUAUGAAUGUUUGUCUGUGUGUAGAUAGUUGUAUAGUAUAUAGUCGUAAGCCAAAUAUGCAUUUAUGCGAUAGAUAGAAAAUUAGUGUAUAAGCUGCAAUAAAUUUUUUUUUCUCUCUCUCUC